AUGGAUUCGCAGCACCAAGAGGCACAAAGUACAAUCUGCACAUCUCGACUGGCUCAUCAAUCCACUAAUAUAACAUCAGAGGUCACGAGAGACAGCGACUGUCCCCAAUUCUAUGAUCCCCUCGCUUAUGUCGAGGAAGCUGAAGACGCAUAUCCAUUCAUGCCUCCACCCGAGGCCUCCUGGCGAAGCGACACUCUUCAUGAUACCGCCGACCACUUCCCAGGCGAUGUUCCUAUUUCGUCCUUUCGACGCCCUCCCGCGCCCUCAAUUCAUGCUGAUCUGGAUGGUUUUGAAAACGACUGUGCCAGCCUGGUUUCUGGACAACACACUGGCCAUCCCUGGGUGAACGACAUUCUUCCAGCAUCAAUCUCUCCCAGUCAAUUAGUCAAGAACUAUGAGUCAUAUAAUGAGAACAUCGGGCCUGCGACGCCUUUGACAGAUGAAACCGUUAAUUUUACGCAAUCCGGCUCAACCUCAAUAGGAUCGAAGUCGUUACGAAGCUCUCGCGGGCUGCCACGACGCAGGAGCCAGUACAAGGUACAGCGGAUUGGUUAUAAGCCAAAUGCUGUUUUCAUACCUCCAGGCAGCAACCUCACAGAUCCGUUGGAGCGCUGGAAAAACUCCCCUCCUGAAGUCGAGGCUGCCAGCUUGUCAGCCAUCGAAAAUGCCCUGCAGACGCCUCCACCAGGCCAUAUGGCAGACCAAGGACCCUAUACUCCUGACCCCAAAGCCACCGAUGCAUUUCAGCAGCACCGACGUUCGGUAUCCCGAGCACCCUCUGCAACGAGUGGGGAAAGCGCUACCACUGCCUCAUCUCGUCACUCUAACCGCUCCAAUCGGUCUGCCUUGUCAAACAACAGCCAGGUUGCUGGCAAUCAGAACCCUUCGGCAACCCGGAAGCCGCGGAGUGGCGCAAAACGAGAGAAACGAAGCUCGGCUAAUAACCCGCGGAUAUUCUGCUGCACCUUUUGUUGUGAUAAAUUCAAGAGCAAAUACGACUGGGUGCGGCACGAAAAGUCCCUCCACUUGAAUCUGGAGAGUUGGACUUGCGCCCCAUUUGGUGGUGUUGUGAUAUUGCCCUCCACCGGCCGCGCCCAUUGUGCGUAUUGCAACCAGCUGGACCCAACACCAGAGCACCUUGAGCGACACAACCAUGGCCUCUGCCAGCACCAGAAUAAACCGACGUUUAGAAGAAAAGAUCAUCUGAUUCAGCACUUACGACUCUUUCAUAACCUUGGCACCAUCCCACUUAUUGACGAAUGGAAAUGUAACAUUGCGGACUUUCCCUCCCGAUGUGGCUUCUGUAACCACACAAUGUCGACCUGGAAUGAGCGAGCCGACCACCUCACAUCCCACUUUCGAAAAGGCUGUACAAUGGCACACUGGAAAGGUGAUCAUGAAUUCCCGCCUGAGAUUGCUGCGCAAAUCACACAUAGUGUACCGCCUUAUCUACUGGAUUUCGAAUCGCGAACUUUCGUCCCAUUCUCUGCGACAGAUAGAGCCGUAAAUGACCAUCUCUCCCAGAUGCUCUCCCGGGCCAGGUUUGAGAAUGAAGCAGGCAAAGCUCAAAUACCCCCCGAACCCUUUAAGGCGGACCCUUCCCCAAUACAAAACACCCCGGCAUUGGAUGAGCCUGGACUGGACUCCUAUACCGAAGUACUUACUCGCCAUCUAAGCCACUACGCACAACAUAUGAUGAGCAGAGGUAUUAUACCUACAGAUGAAAUGUUUCAAUCAGAGGCCAGAUGUCUAUUGUUUGAUUCCGAGGAUCAAUGGAACCAAACUAUGGCAGACAAUCAUGAAUGGCUUGCUCGAUUCCGAGGGGAUCAAAAUUAG